AUGACAACAACAUCUAACACGGAUCAUCUCUCCUCGCCUCUUUGCAUUGGCAUUCUUCUGUUCCCCGGCUUCCAAGCGCUCGAUGCAUUCGGUCCUCUAGAUUGUAUCAACGUGCUCUCAUGGACGCACGAUGUGAAGCUAGCCGUGAUUGCACCGAGUUUAAACCCUGUUUCAACAAAAUCGCCCAUGUCCCCAAACGCUCUCGGACAAAACAUCGUACCGACUCACACGUUUGAAACGGCUCCACCCCUAGACGUCCUCCUCGUGCCUGGCGGCCUUGGCACCCGCGGCUCAAGCGCCCCAGUUCAAGGAGCCAUCGAGUUCAUCAAAUCUGUAUAUCCGUCGCUGAAGUACUUGAUAACUGUAUGUACCGGGUCAGGACUGGCUGCACGGUCUGGAGUGCUGGAUGGACGGAAGGCCACUACGAAUAAAAAGGCCUGGGAAGAGAUAACACGUUUAGCACCGAAUGUCAACUGGGUGUCCCGGGCGCGGUGGGUAAGGGAUGGAAAUAUCUGGACUUCGUCCGGGGUCAGUGCAGGUAUUGAUGUCACUCUUGCCUGGAUCGAAGAGGUCUAUGGGAGAGAUGUGGCGGGUAGGAUAGCGGACGGGAUGGAGUACACUCGGCAUAUGGAUGCUAGUUUUGAUCCAUUCGCUGAUAAGUAUGGGCUGUAA